CUUACUAGACCAACCAUUAAUAUAUCACCAAUGGCGACAAUGUUCCGUAGCUUGGCCCGCGCAUCGUUUGCUUUUGAUAGUCAGACCCAUUGCGCCUGUCGUCAUGCUACACGUCCACGGAAAUUGCGCAUACAAGAGCAGCUGCGAUGUUUGAGCAGUACCCCAAAUCUACAAUCAGGUCAUUCGAAAUGGUCGAGUAUCAAGCACGACAAAGCGAAGAAUGACGCAGGCAAGAGCAAGCAACGGUCUCUCAUGACCCGGGACAUCACCAAUGCCGUUAAGCUAGCAGGACCAAACCCUGAUCUAAAUCCCCGCCUAGCCCUCGCCAUCGCAACAGCGAAGAAAUCCGCCGUCCCCAAAACCUCCAUCGAAGCUGCCGUAGCGCGGGGUCAAGGCCUCUCUGCCUCCGGUGCGGCAUUGGAAUCGCUCGUCCUCGAAGCAAUACUACCGCCCUCAGUCGCGACGAUAAUAGAAUGUCAGACAGACAAUAAGUUGCGUGCAUUGGCAGAAUUACGGUUGUUAGUGAAGGAAGCAGGCGGCAACGUGUCUCCAGUAGGCUACAUGUUUGAGAAGAAGGGAAGAAUUAUAUUUCGCCUUAAGGAGAACAUGGGUGUAGAUGAAGUUCUGGAACCCGCUCUGGAAGCUGGCGUACUUGAUGUGAUCGAAGAUGAAGAGGGAAGAGUCGUGCUCUUCACGGAGCCGGCGCAAACAAGCACUACAGCUGAAGCGCUGGCGAAAGAGCUGGGCAUGGAGAUUGAGGAGAGUGAAAUUGUAUACGACCCGAACGAGGAUACCAAAGUUUCACUGGAGGAUGAGUCGGCCGCGAAAGAAUUGAAUGGCUUUUUGGACAAGUUGCAGGAAGUGCAGGGAGUCACGGGAGUGUAUACAAACUGGUCGAAGGGGAGUAUAGGAGAUGAGCUCUGGGAGGAGUUACGAAGUAAAGUCGUUGCAUGAUAAGCCGAUAUAUGGUAUUCCCCUCAAGACUUAUACAUAACUAUAUGGUACAGCACUGUACAUAUUGUAAAUAUCAUGCUUUGUAUACCCAAAACGCCGCCCAUGCAGUAUUCAAGCUAGUUUCCUUGCUUUCCCUUCAGCUGUCUUGAUUCUUUCCUGUGGCGCCACCCGUCCUAACCCGUCUUCCAUCUUCCUCGGUCUCAUGCCUCGCGU